GUGUCUCACACGAAGAAGAGUUGAAGAAAGUGACAACAUCAACAAGCAUGGCGUAGUUCGAAAUGUCUUUAUAACAAUUUUAUUUCCCCCGAAACAUCUGCACAAUUGAAAUAUAAUGGCUGGCUCAGCGCUAAAACGUCUGAUGGCUGAGUAUAAACAGUUGACCUUGAAUCCUCCUGAGGGCAUUAUUGCUGGUCCAGUCAAUGAGGAGAAUUUCUUUGAGUGGGAAGCCCUUAUUAUGGGUCCAGAGGGUACAUUCUUCGAGGGUGGAGUGUUUCCAGCGAGAUUGACUUUUCCAGCGGACUACCCACUGAGUCCACCAAAGAUGAAGUUUACGUGUGACAUCUUCCAUCCAAACAUCUACCCGGAUGGCCGGGUCUGCAUAUCAAUCCUGCACGCUCCCGGGGAUGAUCCGAUGGGGUACGAGACGAGUGCCGAGCGGUGGAGCCCUGUACAGAGUGUGGAGAAAAUAUUGCUGUCAGUUGUCAGCAUGUUGGCAGAACCGAAUGAUGAGAGUGCAGCAAACGUCGAUGCAGCGAAGACAUGGAGGGAGGACAGACAGAAGUUUGAGGAUAUAGCCUCACGCACUGUUCGAAAGUCACUGGGAUUAUAACUGAAAUUCUGAAAGAUUUAUUAAAGGUGCAAUAAUAAACAAUAACUGUAUACAAACAUACAGCUUGUAUCUCGGAAGUUUACAUCCAGGAAAAAGGGCAUUGACAGAGACAAUAGUUGCCUUGCCCAACUGGGGAGUUCUGUUACAAGGGAGGUAACUCUUGAUGGCUUUGGUUCUGUUCAUGUCAAAACUUCUGUGUCACACUUUAAUAAUUAAGGAUAGUUAAUAUUAUGUCACAGUUAUGUCAAAUUCAUGACACAAACAGACUUGUAGUCAUGAGCUGACACAAAACUGAUUUUACCUAUAAUAAAGCUCAAUCGAA